UGCGCGUCCCGGUUGCCUGGAUACCACUGCGCUACAAUAGCGGCGUGCGCUUCUGAGCUGGGUCUGGGCUGUCGCCAGAAGUGGCAGUUGGCCCUCAUUUCCCGAGGAGCCCGAGGAGGCAGAGCCUGGUCCCGGUCUGCGGGGAGCGAUGCCGCUUCCCGAUUCCACGUUCUGCGCGCAGCAGAUCCACAUUCCCCCAGAACUGCCGGACAUCCUGAAGCAGUUCACCAAGGCCGCGAUCCGCACCCAGCCCGCCGACGUGCUGCAGUGGUCCGCGGGGUAUUUUUCAGCCUUGUCAAGAGGAGAUCCACUUCCUGUAAAAGACAGACUCGAAACGCCCUUGGCCACUCAGAAAACAGACACGGGCCUGACUCAAGGACUCCUGAAGGUUCUGCACAAGCAGUGUAGCCACAAGGAAUAUGUGGAAUUGGCAGAUCUCGAGCAGAAAUGGAAAAACUUGUGCCUGCCAGUAGAAAAAUUCAGAGCUCUCUUGCAAUUGGAUCCUUGUGAAAACAAAAUCGAGUGGAUCAAAUUUUUAGCGCUGGGAUGUAGCAUGCUUGGUGGGUCCUUAAACACUGCGAUGAAGCACCUGUGUGAGAUCCUGACCGCGGACCCCGAGGGCGGGCCUGCUCGCAUCCCGUAUGAGACGUUCUCCUACGUCUAUCGGUACCUGUCCAGACUGGACUCGGAUAUCCCCGAGGCGGACACGGAGUCCUAUCUUGCCACUCUAAAGGAAAACGUAGACUCUAGAAAGAGUGGCAUGAUAGCACUUUCAGAUUUCUUUGUUCUGAAGAGGAAAAUCUAGAAAACCUCGAAAAGAAAACUCAGAAGACAUAGGCCAUUAAUUCAGAGAAGAACCUAUUUUAAUGCCAAAACAGUGAUUUUUAAAACCUUGGCACCAAAUACAACUUGUUAUUAACCACAUCCAUAUGUAGUGUGCGUUUUUCUCAUAGUGGAAAUUUAGGGGGACCAGUGCGUCACGGGAGCCUAUUGAAUGACUGCUCUGUACCCUGUUCUUGUAAAAACCUUAAAUGUAAACCGUUCAUAGCAGUAAAAUGAUCUAUUUGAGUAAAACAAUCUAUUUAGAUGCUACAGAGUAGGGAGGGGGGUGGGCAGUUUAAAAC